ACUCAAAUUUGAAAAUGAAAAGCUGGAGGGAAGGCGAGAUAUAUAAAGGCGGCAUUCAUAUUUCAUGUCUGUGCCGGUAUGGAGUGCUUGGAUUCAGACGCUCAUUCUCCCGACUGCCCUCCCAACGCUUCAGAACCUAAUUCAAGUCCAUUGGAGCUGCAUGAUUCAUUAUUUGAUGUGGGUGAUCCUAGGCUGCCAUCUUGCUCGUUUGAUUCUUCAUCAAUUUCAUUGGGCUUACCAUGGGAUUCCCAAGGAUUUGCUCUUGGCAUUGAAACAGGAGAAUUCGAAACCCAAGGUUUAUCUCUACCAUCUGAGCCUCCGGAGCUAGAUCUCAGGGAUUGGAUUUUGAGACAUAGAAUAGAGCCUCCACACAAAAAUUCCCUCAAUGAGAAACUUGGGGAUUCUUACUCUCAACUUGACAAUACCCGGUUCAAAGGACCUCCAGCACAGAUCCAGAAAGAUGUCAAGGAGAUAUCAGUUUUCUCUCGGAAGAAUUGGGAUGCAUUGCUGUUUUCUAUUGAUGAUGAUGACGAGAACAAGGAGGAGCUGUAUUUGGCUUCCACGCUCAAGAAACAGAGAACAAAUAAUCAGAGUUUAUCAGCAAGGAAGAUCAAAGACGUAGAGGCAACAACGGAAGCAUUAAUCUUGGAUGCAGUUUUUGAUCAGCAGAAGAUGAAGGAAGAAUCUCAUCAGAGAAAUAAAGAGAAUCUAAUGUUUCCUGCUCUGCAAUGUUGUGAAGUAGAAGAUACAAUUCAUCCCACUUCUGCAAAAGAGAAUGUUGUUGAUCCUGGCAUGGAAACAGAAGAUACCGUUGCUCCUGAUUCUGAAACACAGGGUGCAGUUGAUCCUGAAUAUGAAACAGAGGAUGCAGUUGAUCCUAAUUCUGGAACAAAUAAUGCAGUUAAUCCUGAUUCUGACACAGAGGAUGAAUCGGAGCAUAAUAAAGUUGAAAGUGUGAAGAAGUUCCCUUCAUUUCCUCGCCUAUUUAUUUCUGACACAAGGUUGGCAAAAAAUGAGAGUUCAUUUCAAGAGGAGCUAGCCCCAUUGCCAUCAUCAAGAACUCAAAGUUUUAGCAUCGAUGAGUUCACAAAACCCCUAUCAGACUCCAAAAAAUUUCAGGCCAUUUCAGACAUAGGACCAGAAGAGAAGGAGAAUCUGUUUCAAACGGAUCUGGCCUCAAUGGCAUCAUUUAGAACCAGAAUUUCUAGCAGAGGUGGCUUGAGAAAAGCCCUAGCAGACACUGGAAACAUUCAAUCUCAGCACCCUGCUGAUAAAUGGCUCUGUCCAAGGACUCAUAAGCCACAUUUCAAACCUCCAGCAAAGCAACUUUCUCUUGAUCGUUGGUUGGCUCCAGCAAAAUAAUCCCUGUGAGAGCAUAUCCAACUGCUCCAUUACCGAUAUACUGUAUAUUUCUGCACCCAAUGAACAUGAAAUUGAUUUGGUUCGAAAUGUUUAAGUAUUGCAGUUAGUCUUUAGAAAUUUGUAAGCCAUUGCAUUGAGGCAUUUUCUUUCUUUUUUGGCCGUUAACAAAAAAAUGAAGUUGUUGGUUAGUUCAAAGAUCAAACCACUAGCAUCAAAGAUG